AUGUCUCCUCCAGCAGCCAUCUUUGAGCCCGCCCCUGUUCAGACCACUUCCAGUGGUUUGAAGGACAAGUUGACCCCCGAGGUGCUCUCCUUGACCACCCAGGGCCAGCAGCAGACCAAGCUUUUGAAUGAGUUCGCUGGCAAAUGGGACAACUUCAAGUUUGCGCCUAUCCGCGAGAGCCAGGUUUCCCGUGCUAUGACUCGUCGCUACUUCAAUGACCUUGACAAGUAUGCGGAGAGCGACAUUGUCAUUGUGGGCGCUGGUUCUUGCGGUUUGAGUACUGCCUAUGUUCUCGGCAAGGCUCGCCCAGACUUGAAGAUUGCCAUUAUUGAGGCUAAUGUCUCUCCUGGCGGUGGUGCCUGGCUCGGUGGCCAACUCUUCUCCGCCAUGAUCAUGCGCAAACCCGCGGAAGUCUUCCUCAACGAUCUCGGCGUCCCUUAUGAAGAAGACGCGAGCAACCCCAACUACGUUGUUGUCAAACACGCCGCCUUGUUCACAUCCACUUUACUCUCCAAAGUGCUCUCAUUCCCCAACAUCAAACUCUUCAACGCCACCAGCGUCGAGGACUUAAUCACCCGUCCCGGUCAAAACGGCAUUGAAGAUGUCCGCAUUGCCGGUGUAGUCACAAACUGGACUUUGGUCACAAUGCACCACGACGAUCAAUCCUGCAUGGACCCCAACACCAUCAACGCGCCCCUUGUGAUCAGCACAACGGGCCACGACGGCCCAUUCGGCGCUUUCUGCGCCAAGAGACUUGUCUCUAUGACCGCUAUUGAGAAGCUCGGCGGUAUGCGCGGAUUGGAUAUGAACGCCGCUGAAGAUGCGAUUGUGAAGAAUACCCGUGAGGUUACCAAGGGUUUGAUUAUCGGUGGUAUGGAGUUGUCGGAGAUUGAUGGUUUCAACCGUAUGGGUCCUACUUUUGGGGCUAUGGUGCUUAGUGGUGUCAAAGCUGCUGAGGAGGCGCUCAAGGUGAUUGAGCAGCGCAAGCGUGAAUGCGCCGAGUAA